AUGCCAUUGUUUUUUCCCACUGCAGCAGCUGUUUGGGUACUGACUCAGGUCAACCUGCUGCUGCAUUAUCGACAAACUGCCUCCCCACCGCUAUUUCAUAGUAAAGCCCUUACUGUGCUCGGUGAUAGUAACUCUGUGCCGACCAGCAGUGAUAUAUUGACCCCUCCUACCACUACUGCUGCAUUGAAUAUACCGCCUCUGAAUCCAAAUCAUCAACCAUUGCUGACACCUACACAUAUAUCCACCUCAGAAUCCACAGACUCAGACCUGUCAACACACAUUAUGUCAGCAACUACUAAGAUGGCCUGCAUAGAACAAGUGUUGGCGAGUAAACCACCAUUCCUUACUGCAGGGCAAAUCACGCCUGAAGCAUUACACGGCUGGGAAAUGGGUUGCACCCAAUAUUUCCUACAUAAGGAGGUGAAGGAUGAUGAGGAGGUGAAAAAGGUUGCUUGGGGAAUGCAAGAUCCUAUCAUACAAGACUGUCCAUACCUACUGGCUCCCAACCAAUUGGUCAGACACCAUCCGUCGCAAGAUGUUAGUGUCAAUGCAAGGAAGUUGCGCAUUCACCUACUCUACCAUCUGGAAUUGCACAUGAACUCUGACCUUGCGGCUGACUACUAUGCAGAAAAUAUCACAGAGAAGGACUUACACAAGUGGACCAAGAAGGAAGCAGUUGACGCUGCCUUAUGUCCAAAGGGUUUCCCCAAUGGAGCAAUGUACAAGGUGUUAACAGCAGCCACCAUCGCUGCCAAGAAGGCCAAGAAGGGCGGAAAUGUUGUGGCUGCUGUGGAUGUUGAGGAUGAAGGAAAGAACAUGGUUGCUGCUGUGAUGCCUGUCAGUGGUACUAGGGGAUGGUACUGA